GUGCUUUUUAGUUGUAUGAUUUUCAUUCUACCCCCUCGUCCUUCAACAAAUUUCCUAGUUCUUGCCACUUCUAUAUAUAUGUACUAAUUUUCUCCAUGCAAUAAAGCUCGUCGCAUAAUAAUCCUUCAUAUUGCAAAGGAAACAUUUAUUUCAUAAUUACAAAUGGCUCCACGCAGUCAUAUAUUCCACUUGCUCAUCAUUAUUGUUCUUGUAUACUCUAUGAUCUCGCCCUGCUGUAGUCUUGAAGACGAAGUGCAGCCUAAUAUUAAUGAUAUACAUCUUUUUAGUGAUCCUGAUCGAGAAACUGGAUUCGACUCUCGCGCAUACCCUUCACCGUUUUUAAGCUCGGAUGGCGUGUCAUCGGACAUGGCCGAGGUUAUUGAAGGUGGGAUUUCAAGUUACUUGGAAAAGCUUGCGGCAGAAAGUGCAGCUAAAAUUGUGAGUGUCAAGAGUUAUGGAGCUAAAGGUGACGGUGAAUCUGAUGACACAAAGGCAUUUAAAAAGGCGUGGGAUGAAGCUUGUUCUUCGGGAGCAGUUUUUGAGGUACCGGAAAACAAAAAGUAUCUUGUGAAGCAAAUCAGAUUCGAAGGGCCUUGCAAAUCUGCCAUGGCUGUGCAGAUCUACGGUACCAUUUUAGCAUCGGACGAUAGAGGAGACUACAAGAAAGACAAGAGACACUGGCUAAUAUUUGAUAGUGUUGACGAUCUUGUAGUGGAAGGGGGUGGAGUUGUCGACGGUAAUGGCAAAAUUUGGUGGAAGAAUUCUUGUAAGGUCCAUAAAUCCAAGCCCUGCAAGGAAGCGCCGACUGCCCUGACCUUCUAUAACAUGAAGAAUCUGACAGUGAAGGACCUGAAUAUACAAAAUGCACAGCAGAUACAAGUAUCGUUUGAGAAAUGUGAGAAAGUGGAAGCUUCGAAUCUCACCGUCACGGCACCCGGAGACAGUCCUAACACCGACGGGGUCCAUAUCACCCGCACCCAAAACAUGCAGCUAUCCAGCUCCGUUAUACAAACUGGUGAUGAUUGUAUUUCUAUUGAAAGUGGAACUCAGAAGCUGAAAAUCACAGAUAUAACCUGUGGACCAGGUCAUGGUAUCAGCAUCGGAAGUUUAGGCGAUGGGAAUUCGGAAGCUCAUGUUUCAGAUGUAGUUGUUGACGGAGCUAAGAUCUCUGGAACUUCGAAUGGUGUCAGGAUUAAGACGUAUCAGGGAGGAUCAGGAAAUGCAAGCAAUAUAAAGUUUGAGAAUAUUGAGAUGGAAGAUGUGAAAUACCCCAUCAUCAUAGAUCAAAACUAUUGCGACAAGUCCAAACCAUGUAAAAAACAGAAAUCAGCAGUUCUGGUGAAGAACGUGGUGUAUCAGAACAUAACAGGAACGAGUGCGACGGAUGUGGCUAUUAAGUUCGAUUGCAGCGAGAGCCAUCCCUGUGAAGGAAUUGUUCUCAGAGAUGUAAGGUUAAGACUAGAGAAAGAUGAAGUUGCCCAAGCUCUCUGCAAUAACGUCGAGCUUCAACAAAUUGGAACUGUUUCUCCGAGCUGUCCUGAUAUUCAGGACUUGUGAAUGUUCUUGGCGAGCUCAAGGAAUAUAUACACUUACUCUGCAUAUUAAAUUAAUUAUUAAUUUUAUUGGGGGUU